GAUGCAUGGAAGCCAAGUUGCUAUAAUCAAGGAGAGCUGCAAGAAAAAAGAAAUCCAAAAAACCCCCAAUUUACAUCCAUAAAUACUCUUAUUCUCCACUUGCAAUUUUUCCUAUUCCAUUUCUUCUUCUUCGUCUUGGCACCAGCCUGCUCCUUCUUGGAAGAGAGAGAGGAGAGGAGGGAGAGGGAGGCAUCGGUGAGCUCGGGAAGCUGCGUGGGGCUUACACCAAGGCCCCACCCUUCCCCUGCUCACUCACCACACUCCCCUCUCACCAACUCUCUCUUAUCUCCUUCCAAGAUCCCACCUUGUUUUGUUUCCCCCAUUUCUUGAUCUUGGUAGGACCAUUCCUUGAUCUUUCGCUCGCUCCAGUGCACUCAUUCCGGCUCCGGAGAUCCCAUCUCUGGCUCAAAGAAGCCAAAUUUUAGCUCAAAUUAGAGUUGUUUUUGGCUGCUCAGCUCGUGUCCCUGCACGAAUCAAUCCAAGGACUCCCUGCUCGGCAACAAGUGUCCACCGUCCCCCUGAUCCCCGGGCUUCGAUUCGAUCGAAUCUGACCUAAUUUAAUUUUUUCUGUCUCCCGCUGCGCUUUCUUUUUCUCCCUCCUCUCGCAAAGUGGGUUCCAUCGCGUCACCCGCACGGCUCCUCCGAUCGGGCGGAGCAAGAAAGCGGCAGAAAAGAUAAAAGGCGAGUUCUUGAUGCGGUUUUGGUUGUAGCAGCAACUCCACUGUUUGUGGCUUGGCUUUGUUAUUUAUACGCAUCAGCGCCCGAUCGGAGCUAGCGUUCCGGCAGCGGCAGCGAGCUUCUUCCCCGGCGCUCGCUGAUGCUUGCCCUGCUCGCCGCCUUCUUCGUGUCCUGCCUUCUCUUUCUGUCUAGGCAAUGCGCGCGUGACAUGAGACUGUUCCUCGCGUCCCUGUGCCAAGAACUCGCGCUGUCGGUGCUCGGAUUCUUGGCCGGAUACCGGCUGCUCGGAGGCGUCGCGGCUGCGGACACUAUGCCGUUCAUGCCGUCCUUCAAGAGAAAGCGGGCGGCGGCCACGGUUGAGAAUGACGAGGAGGCAGCCGGCAGCGGCGAGCCAUCGGUGCUCGACCUGCCGGAGCUGGCCAUCGAUUGCAUUCUCGAGAGUCUGCCGCCGGCGGAGCUGCGGAGCAUGGCCGCCGUCUGCCGCUCGAUGCGGGAGCGGUGCCGCGGCGACCACCUCUGGGAGCGCCACAUGUCGGAGAAGUGGGGCCGCGUCCUGGGCCCCGCCGCCAGGGAGGAGUGGAGGGCGUAUCUUGCGUCCGCCAGCGCCGGCGGCGAGGCGUGCUGCGCGUCAAGCGGCGGCGGUAAGCGCCGGAGGUGGCUUGCCGCGCUGUCCUGCGUGUGCCCGGUGGUCUCCUGGAUGCGACCCAGGGCCGACAGCGGCAGCGGCGGCAAGUCGUCUGGCCCUGCGCUGGAUGACUCUAUCAUGUCGUGGUAUCUGUCCAUGGAGAGUGGCAAGUUCUGGUUCCCGGCACAGGUCUACAACCGAGAGCAUGGGCAUGUUGGGUUCAUGAUGUCAUGCUAUGAUGCAGAGCUCAGUUAUGAUUUCCAUACCGACACAUUCCGCGCAAGGUAUCCACCACAUGGGCGACGAACUGUGGUGCUGGAGGACAGAGUGCAAUGGGACAGGGUCAGGGCACCGCCGGUCGAAACUCUUGCACAUGAUCUGCAUGCUUCCGACUGCUUACACGAACUCCGGCCUGGCGAUCACAUUGAGAUUCAGUGGAGAAGGAACAAAGAAUUCCCAUAUGGCUGGUGGUAUGGAGUUGUUGGCCACUUGGAGUCAUGUGAUGGAAAUGAACACUUUUGUCGGUGUCAUCUUAGUGUUCCUUCUCCCACCUCCGUUGUUGGACAACACAUGCGCCAUCUAACUACACAUGAGAUGGUUGAUCGCCGUGCAAAGGGAUUAUGCUUCAACUGCUUUGAACUAUUUUCUAAAGAUCACCUACCUCAAUAUUAAAUGAAGAGAAUUUAUUUUCUAGAAUUAGAAGAAGAUAUAGCUGCAUACCAAUACAAUGAUAAUGGCUGAUUCUUAGGCACAAGAAAUUCAACUCGAGAACGAGUUGUUUCGUGGCAAUGAGGGAAAUGAUAUAGGUGCAGAGAAGUAAUUAGGGAAGGAAAGAAUUAGCUUCCUUUUAGGUUUGGAAUAGUUAGAUUUCAGGAUUGAUAAGUUUCGUAAUUUAGGAUAAAAUCAGCUAGGAGAUAGAGUUGGAUUCGUUUUAAUAGUUAGUUGGAUUAGAAUCGUGACUCGUUAGUUGACCGACUAUAUAUGGUUUGUAAUACUGUGUAUUAGGAUCAAGCAAGAAAUAAACAAAAUAAAGAUCAGAGCUCGUAAGGCAGGGCGAUCCAGUUAUCCGCCCUCAAUAUUAAAAAUUGUUUUAUCCAUAGAGUCAGCAUCGCGUAUUCUGAAGUCCGAAUAAAAUCAAGUAUUAGACUCACGUAGGAUGUUGAGGUAAAGAAUCACGGUCUCUGCAGCUACAGUAAACAAGAUAUCAAAUCAUUUUCGUCGAUCCAUUUCUUUAGUAUGAAUCUGAAAUAUUUGUGUAAUUUAAAUGUAAUUGAACUCGAAUAUCCUGUUACCGUACAAUUUUGCACGGAAUGAAUAUCACUUGAGAUAACCCUUUAUAAAAAAGCAGUAUGAACAUGAAUUACAGACUAAAAUUUAUUUGCAGCCUUUUGUGUUUUCCUAUACUGUACCUUAAUUAACCGAACUUGGUUAUA